UUCCGUGUGUCAACGCAAUUUCUGUCGGAUACAUUUUUCCCUUAUCUUCAUAUUUCGAAGAUAUUCUCAAAAUUGAUGAUAGUUAUCGCCUCGCCGUGUGGAAGCUCGUCCGAAAAGAAGCGUGAACGAGUCGAUCUCGACGGUGGGGAUCUCCGGGACGGAGAGCGCGACGUCGGGACUCCGCCGGGGUUCCGCGUAUCUUCGGAUAUUCCGAACGAAUAACAGUACCCGAUUCUUUCGCAAAUAGCACCGCGGGGUCAUUAGGGCGCUAUUCUCGGGACGUUUCGCGUAUUUCAGUCCGCGCACCGAGAGCAACGUCGCGCAUCGAUCGCCGGGGAAAUCUCGGGCUCGCGUGCCGCGGUGUAUAGUCCGCAACACUUUCUGAAAAAUUCGCUCAUCGAUCAUCGCGGUCAAUUGGCCGUGAAGGUGUCUGUUUCACGUAACUCGCUCGCUCGUCGGAGAGGAGGCCCCGUCGUCAUGAAGACGACCGUGUGGACUCGCUUCGGAAAUGCACCGAUGGGCAUCGAAGCGCGCGCGCGUCUCUCGCUGGGAUCGAAAGUGCCCCAUUACAUUCGUUUAGUCUCGCCUUCUCGGUAUUGUUGCGGUAAUCGCCCUCCCCCCUCCCCUCCCGUCGGCAAAAAAGCCCUCCAGGCAUCAUUCGUGAGUCGUGUGCACACAAUGCGGACACUCGCGAAAUAUGUAUCUCCGAAGUAUCGCGACAAUCUCGAGCUUCUUCCCGCUUUUACGUCGCUCGAUUCCACCUGUUGGCGGCCAAUUACCGAAUUUGAAGCCGUUAUCGGAUUUUAACGAUUUAAUUCUAAAAAUGAAGUUUCGUUAAUUCAACAAUUUCAACGAUUUUACAACGAGACGUUCGGUUCUCAUUCGAAGAAAAAAUGUAUGGUAAGGAAAAAUGACCGUGUUCGAAUCCUGUGGUAAAUUCUUUUCGUUCGCGUGACGAUGUCAAGACGAAAGUCGGCAUUUCUAAAAAUGAACGCCACAGUCUUGCUGCGCGCCUUCAAUAUUGCACGAUGCGUCGCGCAAAAGCGGAGCAACCGGUCGGUGUAUAAUUUACGACACGUCGUAAUCCGCGAAGCAGCGGGCAGCUUUCCGUGCGAAAUCGAUAGUUCGCCCACGAUAACCGGACGCGUGAAAAUUUCGGCUUCCUUCUGGUAUCGUUGCGUUGUGCAACAAUGUCUUCCUGAUUGCACGUAUGGUGCGACGCAGCUUUGAGAACGCGUCUGCGCUUUUGGCCGGUUGGCGCGAUUCACGACGCGCCAUGUCGGGGUCGAUCAAUAAAAGUGGUUGUAUGAGAGAAAGAGAGAGAGAGAGACUCGCAGAGUCAACUCUCCGCGCGGAGCAUCAUUUAAUCCUCCACGCUUUCCUGUUCUUUCCGUUCGCGUGCCGCGUUUUCUCAUCGCUCUCAUUAGAGUCGCAUCCUUCGCCGGGGAAGCACGCGAUCUCGCGCAUCUCCGCACGAUUUUCCUCGCCAGUCCGUCUCGCGCAGCCUUGGGAAACGCGGGGACAUCUGUUGCUCGCCGUUUGCGGUCGUCCUGAGAUCUCCGAAAAUUCGUGCGAUUUACGUGUGAUCGAGUGAAUCGCGAGGAACGAGGAGCGCGCGCGGAUGAUAUGCGAGACACCGUGGCGGGGAUGUCGAGUGCGUUGAGACGGUCUGCAGUCCUAUGUAGCAACCGGGUGAGCCAAAUGACCAAGACCUAUAAUGAUAUAGAGGCAGUUACAAGGCUUCUAGAGGAGAAAGAAAAAGACUUGGAGUUGACGGCGCGCAUCGGUAAGGAACUGCUGACGCACAAUCAGAAACUCGAGAGCACGGUGAACGCGUUGGAAACCGAGCUGAAGGAGGCGAACGAGAAGAUCACCCAGCUGAACCAUGAGCUAAUGAAGAAGACGGAGCUGAUACAGAUAUUGACGAACGAUGUGGACGAGUCCAGCUCGGAAGCCGGGACGCCCACCGGUCUCCGCGGUAUCAACUUGGACCUGCUGCAGAGGAAGAUCAGCACCCUGGAGGACGAGAACAAGCAGCUGCGCAGCGAGUUCGCCAAGUUGGCCCACGACGCCGACGAUUCCGAGGAGCAGGAAGCACGCCUCGUGAAGGACAUUACAGCGCAAUUAGCAAGUGCCAACAUGGAGGUGGACGGCAUCGCGGAGGAGCUGGGCCGUCAGAAGGAGGAGAACCGGCUGCAGCACGAGCAGAUAGUCAGUCUGACGGCGAAACUGGCCGAGACCGAACUCAGGCUCGCCCAACUGAUGGCGGAGCACGACGAGGUGGGGGCGACUCUAGUCAUCACCAGGGAUAAUCAAAACACGCUCGCCAGCGAACUGGCCGAAUUCAAGGAGCGAUACGCGGAGGUGGUGAAUUUGCUGGCCGAAACGCAGGAGCAGUUGCGAAAGCAGAGGAAACGCGGGAUGCCGACUGUGCGCGGCGGCUCCCUGUUCCCGUCGAUGGGCGCGGCCCCCCAGCCGGACUCCAUCGCUUCGGAGUUGGAAUCGUCCCUUUAUUCGGAAUUCAGCGUUGACUCUGGAAUCAGUGGCGACAGGAUACCGACGUACAAGAAAGUGUUCGAGACGGUGCGCACCGCGUCGCGGGCGUCCCACGUGACGGGUAUGGAUCCCAACCAGUUCCCCAGGAUAGGAUCGAUGACGACGUCCACGUUGUCCAGCAGUUCCGCCGGGCCGCGUAUGAGCUGCGGGCAGGUGCGGCCCCAGGUGUCGACGUACCCCAGUUUGGACUCCACCGGGCACAGCGACAGCGAGGGGUCUCUCCUCACGGAGUCGGAGGAUUAUCCAGGGCCACAGCGCACCGGAGUGCCCGGUGCCCCCGGUGCGGCGGACCUGGAAGCCGCCCUUCGUCGUCUGACGCCGGCGGAGGUGUUGGCGAGGCGCGCGUGCCUCAGCACGGGCGCCGGCUACAACUACGACUACGACGGCGGCGUGCACUCCCCGCCGACGUUCCUGCCCUUCGGCUGUCGCACCCCCGACAGCAUCAUGUCGACCGGCAGCAGCGGCAACCUGAGCGGCUUCAGCGGCAACACCUGGCGCAUACCGGAAAAAUUGCAGAUAGUCAAGCCGAUGGAGGGAUCCCAGACGUUGCAUCACUGGUCGCAGUUGGCGACGCCGACACUGGGUGGUCUGUUGGAGGACCGGCCAGGCGUGAAGACCAGGGGCGGCCGUGGUCUCGAGGACCUCGGCCUCGUCACGUUCACCCUGAGCGACCUGGAGGAGGACGAGGAGUACACGAACCCGGGCAAGCUGUUCCAGAACACCGGCUCCGUCUACACGUACACGAACAGCACGGUGCUGCACCCGGACGACCACACCAGCGUGACGCCGAGCGUCGCCGGCAGCCGCGUCGCCACCGCGCCCAACAGCGGCAUGAACUCCGGCAUGAGCACGCCCCGCACCCUCAGCCGUCGCAACUCGACCUCGACCUUCUCCACCACGCUCGGCCUGGCGAAGAUGCUGAACGAGAGGGGCAUCAAAGCGGUGACGCCGUCGUGCGUCGGCACCCCCUCGUGUCUGGCGACGCCCACCGGCGAGCGGAACUUCACGCCGACCGCCACGCCGUGCAACAGCCCGGACGCGAGCCCGCCGCCUACGCGCUCGACCUCGCCGCCGCCGGAAGCCGCCAGCGGCAGCCUGUCGCUGGGGCUGUUCAGCAGCGGAGCGGAGCUGCUGAAGCGCACCUUCGGCCACGAGCCACCGGCAGCCGGCCAGUCGAAGAAGAAGCGGCCGAAGCCGGCGCUCUCCCGCUCCGACAAGAAGGCUCUCACGGGCUUCCGGCUGGUGGAGAAGCUGGAGAGGAUCGGGAUCGACACGAUCAUGGCCACCACGAUCUCCUCGAUCUCGCCGUUGGCGCUCCACGGCGCUCUCUACACGCGCCGCCUGACCGAGAGCCCGAUGGCGCAGCUGACUUUUCUCAAGACCUCGAUGUCCUCCAGUAUCAGCCAAGAGAAGCUAACGUCCCCCUCGUCUUCGGCGUCCUCGGCCAGCGGCGAGUUCCCGUCGGGCAAGCCCCCGCUGCCGGGCAAACGACCCGGCAAGGAGGCGCCGGAGACCAAUGCAUUUAACUCGAGAACCUCCGGUCGACAACGACGAUCGGGCGCGAGGGCGACCAGGCCCGACCUCGGCCAGGUCAAGCCGCCCGCUCCGACGCCCGUCACUAAAGAAUCCGCCGCCCAGUCGGCGCUGGGCACGAUAAGCUCGCUUCUAUUCGGUCGCAAGGGCGGCUUGUUGUGAAGACUUCGUAGUAUCUGCUAUCCGAAGGAGGCCGCCCUCGGUAUCUCGGUGAAAAUUCAUUUUCGAUGCGCGUUUUCGCGAAAGCCCUCUUUUUUUUUUUUUUUUUUUUUUCUCCAA